AUGGAAGCCAUUACGCAAAUUCCAAACUAUGGGAAAUUUCUUAAAGAUUUAAUCUCAAAGAAACGUAGUUGGGAAGAUGUGUCAACAGUUAGUUUGACCGAGGAUUGUAGUUCCAUAAUCUCAAGUAAAUUACCUACUAAACUUAAGGAUCCAGGAAGCUUUACCAUACCAUGUAAAUUAGGUGAGGUAGAUUUCCCUAGAUGCCUUUGUGACUUAGGAGCAAUUAUUAAAUUGAUGCCAUUAUCUCUUUUCAAGAAAUUAGGUUUAGAAGAUGAAGUAAAACGUACUAAUAUGGUUUUACAACUUGCUGACCAAUCUAUUAAAAGACCUUAUGGCAUUAUUGAAGAUGUACUUAUUGAAGAUGUACUUAUUAAAGUUGACAAGUUUAUUUUUCCAAUUGAUUUUGUCAUACUUGACUUUGUUUAUGAUGAGAAUUGUCCUCUUUUAGGAAGGCCAUUUAUGAACACGAGGAGGGCAUUAAUUGAUGUGUCAGAAGGAAAAUUAAUUCGUAGGAUAGGUGAUGAUACCAUUGAGUUUCAUAUAGAUAAAGCCAUGAAAUAUCCUAUGGAUGAAGGAAAUUGCAUGAGGAUUGACAUAGUUGAUACGUGUGUGCAUGAAAUAUUUGCAUUAGAAAAUAAUGUUAAGUAUGAAAAUGAUAGUGCAAGUAAUGAAGAAAAAGAGUUUAUAAGUUUAAGACCCGGGAUGUUACUUAGAGAAAAUGAACCUUUACCGGGAUGUUACUUAGAGAAAAUGAACCUUUACCUCCAUCAAUUGAAAGACCACCAAUAA